ACAGAAACAGUUAAAAAGAGAGAAAGACGUAGAAUUAGAGAGAGAGAAAUGGGGUGGAUAGAGAAUUAGAGAGAAAGGGAAAGACAGUUAGAGAGAAAGAGAGACAGAAUUACAGAAAGACAGUUAAACAGAGAGACAGAGAUACACAGAAUUAGAGAGCGAGACAGAUAGACAGUUAAAAGAGAAAGAAUUAGAGAGAGUAAAAAAGAGAAAUAUACACAGAAUUAGAGAGAGAAAGAGGGAGGCACUGAGAGAGAGAGCAAGAGACAGAGAGAAAGAGAGAGAGAUAGAGAGAGAUAUAGAGAGAGGCUGACAGAAAGAGGGAGACUGACAGAAAGAGAGAGAGAGAGACACUGAAGGAGCAAUAGAGAGAGAAAGAGAGCGAGAGACUGUGUGUGUGUGAGAGAGAGAGAGAAAGACAGUUAAGUAGAGAAAGAGAGACAGAAUUACAGAAAGACAGUUAAACAGAGAUACAGAGAUACACAGAAUUAGAGCGUGAGACAGAUAGACAGUUAAAAAAAGAGAAUUAGAGAGAGUAAAAAAGAGAAAUAUACACAGAAUUAGAGAGAGAAAGAGGGAGGCACUGAGAGAGACUGACAGACAGAGGGAGACUGACAGAAAGAGAGAGAGAGAGAGAGAGACACUGAAGGAGCAAUAGAGAGAGAAAGAGAGCGAGAGACUGUGUGUGUGUGUGUGUGAGAGAGAGAGAGAGGCAGCACCGUUAACUACAUCUCCUCACGCCUCGCAGUUCCUCGUUUCUGAAGCUUCGCGUCAUGGUGGAUUGGAGAAAGUCUGCAGCGAACAGAAGCGAGAUUAAUCCGUGUGACUCAAGAUAAAGUCCUCCGAGCGCUUUCUGCUCCCGGAACCGACCUUUCACUGCUUUAUCAUGGAAGAUGGCGUUAAAGAAGACCCGGCCAAGCCCAAAGAGGUGAAGGUCACGGGCAAGGCCGGCUGGCUGAAGAAGUCCUCGGGGAAGAUCCUGAGCAGCUACAAGGACCGCUAUGUCCAUCUGGACAAAACAGAAGUGGCAUUGUAUGACAAUGAGGACUUAAAGAACUGCGUGGAGCGGAUAGACCUGGAAAACUUCGACAAAUGCCACGAGUUACGCGGUCCCUUCCAGAAAAAGAACAGGCUAAUACUGACGCGGACUCAGAAGAGUGGGAGUAAGGUCUGUAAUGUCAAACUUCAAGCUCAAAAUGAAGAGGAGAAAGAGGCUUGGAUCAAGGCGCUCAAUGAUGGCAUCAACCGGGCAAAGAACAAAAUCUUUGAUGAGGUAAAAAUAGAUGAAAGUUUGUCUCUGGAGCAUGUAACACGCACUCGACCAAAGGGAAACCGUGGUAGAAGGCCACCCACCAGGAUACACAUGAAAGAGGCUUCCAAUAUCUCACCCGAUGGAAUUAUGAAACUGGACCUGGAUGAAGCCGACAGUAUGCCGAAUGGAACACACAAAGUAAGUGCUGAAGAGAGUGAACAGAAAGACAUCAAACCUCAAAUGUCUUCAGCGAAGUCUUUCGAUGACAUUCAAGAAGAGGCUGAAGAAAAAGAAGACGCGCCUCAGAAGAAAGCUGUGAAGCCACCAAUGCCUCCAUCAAAGGAAAAGAAACCCAGCGAAAAGGAGGAAAGUGAAGCACCUCAGAAGAAUGCUAUUAUGCCACCAAUGCCGCCAUCAAAGGACAAGAAGCCCUCUCAAAAUAUGGAAGAUGAGGAGCCAGGAGAGGUGAUGCAGGAGAAGAAAGUUCAGAAACCACCAAUGCCUCCCUCAAAAGAGAACAAACCCAGCAUUUCAGACAAUGGAGAUGCCACUAAAGAGAAUGCGUCAGAUAGCGGGGUAGAGUCUGAAGCAACACCUACUCCAAGCGAGUUAAGUCCAGCUCCAGAAAGCACUGACGAAGCAGAGACUGGUGAAUCUGCCUCACCCAAGACCACAGCCCCUGCACCUGCUCCACCAUCCAAAGACAAGAAACCGAGCCAAGCACCUGUUUUAAAGGAUAAGGAAAGUUCUUCAGAGGAUGACGCUGACAGUCAAGAUGAUCAAGAGGGAAAAGAUGAGGAAGUUAACGUCAGUGUUGAGUCUGAGAAGGCAACUGAAGAAAAAGAAGAAGCAGCAGAAAAAGAAAAAGAAGAAGACACCAUAAAGACAGAAGAUCCAACUUUCACUCUCUCAAAUAGCAUCCCUAAGCCUCAAGGCGUGAUGUGGGACUCGCCUACUACAGCUUCAGAUGAAGGUUCUGCUAAACAAGAUUCUAAGACGUCUGUGAAUCUAGACAUCACUCAGAUUGAUGUAAAACCAUUAAUUCCUGAACCUGCAAAACCUGCCGUUGAAGUCAAAUUAACUCCACAUUCAACCCCAGAAUCUGUUAAAAAGGUUCCCCCUGCUCCACCCAAGAAGAAACCUGUGAAGCCACCUGUCAAAGUUGAGGACAGUGGUGUGAUGAGUGGUGUUGCAGUGUCCACCAGCGUUCUGCUUCCCACUACUGUCACAUCCUCAUCUGAAGGAGUUGGAAAGAAUGAGAAUGAGACGAAACCAGACCUUCAGGAAGCCAAAGGUGAUGGUGAACGCAAGGUUAUGAUUUUGUCUCUGAGUAAUCAAGGAGCAACUGAAGAGUCUGAAGAUGUGUCAGGAGCUGAAGCAGAAGAGAAGUCUGUAGAUAGUGGGCAGAUCUCAGCCGAGGACUCAGAAAGUGGUGACCAAGUUACGUCAUCCGAAGACAAACUUCAGGGAAGUCUCCAGUGCCUAGACGGCGACACCAGCGAGGAUGAUCUGGAGUCGUCCGACAGCAAGGUUCCAAGCAAGGGCGACCCAUCUCCAGCGAUCCUGUCUGUUAUGUCCAAAACCACUGUGGAGAGCUCGUCCACCAGCCCAGCACCAACCUCAGCCUCAUCGUGGAGCUCCAAGACAAGGUCAUCCUCCACAGGAGACCUUCUCGAUAUUCAGGUUGAGGCACAAGACAGAGACAUAAAGAACUUGCGACAGAAAGUAUCGCUAGAGAUGAAAGAAACAGGAAAGCUUCUGGGUGAAAUAGGACCGAGCAGCGAUGAGGAAAAUGACCCAGAGGUUUUGCUGGCCACUGCCAUGGAGAAGCUAAAGACAGCUGACCAGUUCUUAAAAGAAGCCAAGAGUUUCAAAGAGGCUGAGAACAAGAGCAAAAGAGCAAGUUGGUAAUAAGAAAGGCUCAAAUGUUCAAAAAAUGCGAAAUACUGGGUUAUUAGCAGAUGCUUGAGAGGUGCUUCACUUGUGUUGCCUUUUGGUAUUUGUUGGUUUGUUUGUUUGCUUCUUUCAAGGAGGAUCAAGUGCAUUUAUGUCCCAUAUCACUUUUUUUCUGGACUACUGCCCAAUUGACCAGAUCAUUGAAAUAUGUUCAAAUCCAGAAAUGAUGGAUUAAAUUGUGCCUUUAAAUUCUAACUGUAUAUACAAACCAGCCAAGCAUAACAAUAUGACAUCAUCCUUGUUUCUACACCUAUUAUUUGAUUUUUUUUUCCUUUUCAACCUGUUCUUCAACUGUCAGGACCACCACAGAGCAGAGGAUUUUUUCUUGAGUGGCGGGUCAUGUUCUGGUAAAACGUAGAUCAGAUGCAGCAGUGCUGCUGGUGUUUUUAAACACUGUUUAAACACUCACUGUCCUCCACAGUUACACACUCCUACCUACAGCUGCUUCACCUUGUAGAUAAAUAAAAGUCAGGAAGAGAAACGUUUAGAGAAGAUUUAAAAAGGCAUUUAAAUGACUAGAUAUUUAAACAUGGAAAGUACUAAUAUUUAGUAAUGAGUAAUUAUGUAAUCUGUUGUGUUUGGGCACUUUUAGAGACAGACUAAAUUAAGUGUAAACUGUGUGAGUGAGAUAUUUACCCAUCUUCCAUUGCACUUCCUUCCCCAGCACUCGGUGUAAUGCGGUACUGCUACAAAUUUAUGAUUAGUCGACAGUGAAAUUUAUAGUCGACAAAUUUUAAGUAAUUAUCGACAUUGUCGAUUAUUUUGACUAAUCGUUGCAGCCCUAGUUGGUGGAAUAUUCUUAGUCCAUCAGUGACACUGAGGUGUUUAAAACCUUCAGCAGCACUGCUGUAUCUGAUCCAAUCGUACUAGCGAAACACUCAUGAACACUCCACCCCCAUGCCAAUCAGUUUCACUGCACUACUGAGAAUAAUAACCCACCACCCAAAUAUCUAUUACCUCUGUGGGGGUCUGUCCUGUGGAGUCCUGACCAUUGAAGAACAGGUUGAAGAGAGGAUUAUAAAGUAUGCAGGGAAGAAGAAGAGAAAAGAUAAAGUCUGUAAUUCUAGAACUACAGUGGAAAAAUGGAUAAUGGGUGAAGAAACAAGUGGUCACAAUGUUAUGCUUGUUCUGUGUAUGUGCCAAACUAGAGUAGCUUGUAGCUUGCGUAAUAAUGGCAAUAUAGAUAUUAAUGGCACUCAGCAUAUGUUAAUUUGUUUGUAAGUAAGUUUGGCAGUUCCCAACUAAACUACUACAGACCCAACAUAAAUGAAUGGAAAUACAUUCUUGUUUAGCCCAACUAUAUACUGGUUUGCCAAAAUAUCAGUAUAAACAGCCCAUUAAUCUUUUGGCUGAUAUAUUUGGAUUGGGUUGAACUUGAUUGGAUGAAUCUCCUAAGAAUAGAACAAAACCAUGGACAGCUACACCAGUUCAUGCACAAUAUAUUCAAACCUCACAUCAGCAUGAGAAUAGUAUAAAAUAGUAUAAAAUAUGCAAACAAUUAUAUGUAUCUGUACUUCCAGUGAUGUACACUGACAUGCCAAAAGUCAUAGGACAGCAGUAUGUAAAUAAACCACAAUGAAUGGAUUUAUAGAUAUAGAGUAUCACUAUUAAUAAUGGCAAUACAUCAUAGAAGGCAAUAACACACACGGUGGGUGGUAAAGAUUGUGACCGGCGGCUUCUGGCUAGGAUUGUCCAUGCGAUGUGACAAGCGACUCUGGCAGAAGUCACAUCCAAAUUCAAUGCAAGAGCCUCACAUGCAUAUCCCACAGGUCUGAGCAGCAUUGUUAAGUUUCCAUGGGACACAAUAAAAGUCCUACGGUUCAUGACAUUUGGCAUGUUAGUGUACUAAAAUUAUUAACUACAGAGGAGUAAAAAAAUAUUAUUUUAUUAUUUUAUUAAAUUAGAGUUUAAGAUUGCUAAAUUGAUUUUAAAUUAAAUUGUCAAGCGGUACAUGUUAAAUGUUACUAUUUUUUAUCAUUUUUAAAAUAAGGUCCCUUGCUUAAAAUAUUCCAGUAUGUAAAUAGUAAAUAAAUACAUAAAUAACGAUAACCGAUUACAGCCUUAGGAAACAUAAUCGAUCAAAGGUAUUGCACUUACAUCAUAUGGAUAGAAAUGUUGGGACACCUGCUCAUUCAUUCAAAAUAAUUUAUCCAGAAUUUGUUGUAGUAACUGUCUCUACUGUCCAGUGACUAAUUUCUGCUAGAUUCUGAAUGAAUUCUGUGAGGAUUUGAUUGCACUCAGCUGCAAAAAGUUUUAUCACCACCACCCUUCCUUAUUUCUAAUUUACACCCAUCCCCUCAUUAUUCCAGAAAACACAGUUUCACUGCUCCACAGCUCUAUUAUAAGUAGAGCUCAUAUUAUAAGGUGCAAUAUCAAUAAAAGUCUAUUUUCUGAACUAUUUUUAUACAUAAGGCGGACCGGAUUAUAAAGAAAAGCAACACCAGUAUGGAACCAGGGUGUCAGCACUAGCAGGAUGCAAAUGCCGCUUGAUAGCGUUAGACUGAGAAACCCUGAGUGUUCUAAGUCUAACGCUGAGUGUUCUCAGUCUAAGAGCAAAUGCUAAUACUGCUGCACCCAGCCUUAGUGCUGGAGAAACUUCACUAAAAACUCACCCUUAAAACACUUCAGCAAAGUGGCUUUACUGCUUUUAAAUACCUGACUGUAAGAAUGCAUACAUAAGGUGCACUGGAUUAUAAGGUACACUGUCGAUUUUUGAAAAAUUGAAGGAUUUUAAAUGCACCUUAUUGUCAAUAAUUAAGCAGUGUCCCAACACUUUUGUCCAUGUAGACUAUACCCUCUCCUCACUGUGUUAUUUGAUCAGUCGUACUGUGCAGAGAUGUUAACAGUCUUGCUAAUCGAUUCCCCUUAAUGCAGAGUGUUGCACACGCUGGCGCACAAGCAAAGCCACGCAAUAGUGAUAAUAGUAUUAGUUCAUGUGCUCUCGGCCGCCUCCCUCACUCUCCCGCCUAAUAUGAUGCAAGUGUUCACCCAGCCUUGUUUACAUGGUUAUGAAUAGUACACAGGAACUAGCAACUUCCUGCUUGUUUUAGUAUGUAGAUCACUUUUUUGCAUUUUACAGUUUGGGUGUGGAGGCACAUGCUGAACAUGCUGUUUCUAUGUGUUGUAAAUAAAAAAAAAUAUCUUUUUUUUGUACUGAUAAUUUUUAACAGCUUUGUAAAUGAAUAUUUUUUUAACCAUUUUUUAAUCUUUUAAUCCUGUUUUUCUGCAAGUAAAUACAAUGUGCAUUGUUUAUAGGAUCUAAAUUAAUAUCCACAAAUAAAAGUACUGUACAGAGGUUUUAGGCACCUAAGCUUAUUAUUAAAAAUGUACAUUCUCUCAGUAAUAAGAACGUUUCUACUGUAAAGACUAGAGACAUCAUGGGCUUUCCAAAGAGACCUUAGUUAUGACAAAAAAAGUGCCUUUCUUUUUUAAAUUGCUGUCAAUCACAGCUUUUUUGACAUGACAAUGAGAAAGACAAAAGAGCAUUUAUUUCUUCAAAAUGAGAUUCAGUUUUGUACCAUUUUAGAAUUGUACAGUAAUUUUAAAUGAGGCAGAACAAAUUUUAGUAUUUUUUACAUUUUUGAAAGUUUUUGUAAAGCAAGAAAACAUGCAUGAUGUGCUCUGAAUCUCUGGAGGAAGCGUUUUCUGAUUUGUUUUCUUCAUCUUCCCAUAUUUACAGACAUAAAAUGAAAAGAAAUGUUAACAAAAAUCCACAUGAAAUUUAAUAAAAUACCAUUACAUGCCCCCUAUAUUCUAAAACUGAGCAUGACUCAAUGGCCAGUAGAAUCGACAUAUGAUAAAGAAUAAACAAACAACAUUUUAGGAUUUUUUUUUAUGUUUUUCAACCACAAAUAUAUAUAUAUAUAUAUAUAUUGAAACCUAUUUUUUGAGUCUCAGGAGGUUAAGAAGUGAAUUGCCACAAACCAGGUGUUAAUAUGUGGAUAACUAUAAGUAAUAAUAAGUAACAAUAUUCACAGGUGCCUAUAACUUUUGUGGAGUAAUGUAUAUUUAAAUAAAACAAUGAUUAACUCAAUUUGUACAAUAAUUUAAUCACUUUAAAAUGCCUAAUUCUUUUUUUUUUAUCUGUAAUGUGAAUAGCUGUUUCACAAAGAGAUUAAUGUAGUCAAUCUUUUUAAAGUACCUAUAGUAUUUUCCCAGGUCCUGUUUUUCUCAUUGUACGGCUUUCUUGCUCAUUUGUUUCAUCGUUUGUAAAAGAUUUGUGCUUGCUUUAUUAUCAUGUUUGAAUAUAAAUUUGUAAAUAACAAAUCUACCAAUGAAUUGCUUAAUAUUUAAGUUAUUAAUGUUCUGACAUUCCGGUCCCUGUUCGUCGUUUUCCUAAUAUCAGAUUUAGAUAAGAGACCCGCUGUACUGUACUGUACUGAACUGUUAAAGCUGUAUGGUGGUCUAUAAUUAUAAUUUUAUACUGUAAUAUAUUAUUUGUCCAUGACUGUGUUUACUAACUGGACUAAUAUGUUUUUCUAAUUGCCUACUGAAUAUGCAGGAAAGAAGUAACACAUUGCUUGCCAAGCAUGGAUUAAUAAAAAAAUGUCUUCCAA